UCUAGUACAGCAGAAAUGUCACUGAUAUCGUCUCACGCAACAAAACAAAAUUUUUAGAGGAAAAAAAAUCUGCGUAAAAAACUAGUUAGAUUUUGGGACGUCCUAAAUAAUUUUCACAGUUUACACAAUUAAAAGACAUGGAAUCAAACGAAAAGAUCGGCUAUUGCCGUUAUGUUGUACCACACGAGAAAGACAAUUCUAUCAAUUCCGAUGUGAUCGUCAAACAGACCACCGUCAUGUGUGCCAAAUUCUCCAAACUUGAAUGCAACACAAAUCUCCAUUUACCGCCGUCCAAUUGGUUGACAAACGAUGGAAACUCGUACGGACUUCGCAGUUGUCUGUCACCAUCGAAAGGAUUCUCCAGCUUUCGUAUGGCGCACAUGUUUCCCGAUUGCCUGGGCGAAAUCGAUGUGGUUUCCAGUGCGGAAAAUAUCAAAAAUCUCCUCAAAUUGCCUUACUCGCCCAAGUCCACCAUCUCGAUGAUGGUGCAUCGUAUCGAAAACACACUGCUCCUCGACGACUUUGAUCUGUACAAAUUUCUGUUGCAACAAGCCGACGACGACUGGAAGUGGCUGCGAAAGUUUAUCUUCGAAAAUCUGAGUCCGAAGGACCGAUCAAUGCUGCUGAAGAACUACUGCAGUAAAGAGAACUUUGACCAGAAGAAAUUGCUGUCCAAAUUUCUGUAUCACAGUAUACGGCCGGACCAGCCCUCGAGCGAUAAACCAACUGAUGACGCUCAGUUUGAUAAUUCGACAAUACUGCAAGAGAUUCGCAGCGGUCCAUUGUUGCCGGAACCGAGUGUCGAUGAAAAUAUUCCGGAAAAUGGCGAUCACGUUUUCAAUCGGAACGUAGUGUGGACCUUUGAGGACAUUAAAAUGCUAAUUGGAACGGACAUGCCAAUUUUCGGUGGACAAACGCAGCCGUGCAUUUCGUUGAAAUUGCGCGACAUUAGCAAACCGAUAAACAUUUUAACCGGCAUCGACUAUUGGCUGGACAAUUUGAUGUGUAAUGUUCCCGAAGUGGUGAUGUGCUACCACUUGGAUGGACUGGUGCAAAAAUAUGAAUUGAUCAAAACGGAGGAUCUGCCGUACCUCGAAAAUUCGAAUUUUUCGCCGAAACUCAUUCGGAAUGUUGCACAGAAUAUUUUGUCGUUUUUGAAGAGAAGUGCAACGAAGCCAGGUCACACAUACUGGCUGUUUAAAGGCAGCAACGACGACUUCGUGAAACUCUACGAUCUAACCUCACUGUGCCAUAACACCGAAGAGGACGAACCAGAACACAGCAGCACCGAAACCACAAAUUUGGAGAAUCCAUUCACCGUUCCCGUUGCAAUGUUACUGUACAAAGUGGCCAAGAAUAUGAAGAACAUGACCGAAAAUAUGACUGCGAAACAGGCCGGUUCCAUCAAGGCACUGCUUGACAAUUGCAUCCAAUUGCUUCCGAAAGAAAAGUAUCCACAAAUUGUGACGUCGUCACAUUACAUGCUGUCCGAUUUACUACUUCCUGCCGACAUCGAUCCAUCGUCACCAAUUUUCUAUUCAAACUGUCAGGACACGCAUCUGGACAAAUCCACUUUGAGUGAAAGUGACGCUACGUCUGAUCAAGAUGAAAGUAACAAUUCGGAUGAGAUUGCCCUGAAAACGGUUAUCGAAUCGAAUUUGGAGAAGAAUUGGAAACACAAUUCGUCACCGCCGCCCAUCACCGACGAUGUGAAGGAAAGAUGCAUGUUGGCAUUGGAGCACAUUGCGGAGGGGUUGAAUUGUUUGCAGUUUUUCUCGCAAACCGAAGAGAAGGAGAAAAGGGAAUUGGACAAAGAGACGGCGAAACAGAAGAUCAUUUUGGAGGAGUUGAAUCCAAAAAUGGCUGAACCGUGCGUUCCAAUUCCACUGCCGUAUGAGACAUUGAACCCCGAAGCAAGACAAAUCAAUUCCACGAAGGCAAUACCGAUGGGCUGGAAGAAAGACUCAACACCACCAACGCCAACAGCCAGUCCCACAGCGACAGCGAACCGGAAGAAUAAAAAGAAGAAAAAGAAAACCAAGAAACCAGCGAACGUUGACGAUCGGAAAGAAGACGGUCGUUCACUGCUGCUAAAAGGAAAGUCUGGAGUGAUACAAUCGUCGUGGAACGUUCAUCUGAAGCUGCUCUUGCUGGAGAAAGCGUGCCUCACAUACGCAACCCUCGCCGAACAAUUCUACGACGGAGAUAAUUUCGGCAAAACGUUGAGAUUCAUCCUGAUGGCCUUGAAUUGCCAGAAAAUCGUCGCGAAAUACAUGAACUCCAUUUCGGAUCAAACGGUUUGCCUGAUGGGACGAGCUGGUGAUUGUUUCUUUCAAAUAGCCACCAAUGUCGAGAACAAGGCUACGAAUCGGAAUGAGUUCUACUGCUACAGUAAGACGGACCUGGCGAUCAGCCAAGAGCUGCAAAAAGAAGGAAAAAUCACCGACGUCUUCGAUUUGGAUGAGAAUAUGGACGAUCUAUUGUUUACCAGUCUGAAGUGCUAUGCAUCGGCACUGGAUAUGCUCGAGCCGGAUGACGAUAAACGGAGAGAAUUGGUGCGACGAAUUGGCAGCGUGCGUAACGAAAUAGGAGCGAGGAGCAUGCAUCAGGCGCAAGAAGAAUACGCGAAAUGUGCCAGAGAUGAGCUGGUGAAUAACCAGCAACUGGAUGCUUCCUAUGAACCUCUCUACAAAACACUGACCAAACGAUCGUAUGCAAAUCUUCAGCGUGGCAUCGAAGCGUUCGAAGAGAUUAAGGACGAGGCAAACUUAGCCAUUUUGUUGUGUAACAUGGGUCGGUACUACAGAUUCCGCGCCAGCAUUUAUCUUCCCGGCGAUGAGAGUGAUACGACCGAUUUGAGGAGGCUGUACGAGAGUGCGUUCUAUCACUACAAUCGGGCACUCGGUAUCUUGGGCUCGAGAAAAGAUAAUCCAGAAUUGUCAGAAUUGUGGGACAUCUUGACGUGGGAACUGUCGACCAGCACCUUCACGUGGGCACAAAUGGUUAUGGAAAAUACGGAAGAGUUUUUACAGGACGACGAAAAUUACACCAAACUCAACGAACUGUGGCAAAAGGCAUUGAAAGCGUGCGACGACAAAACGUCUGGACCCCGUCAAACCUUAUACAAGAAUCGAAAGGCGGUGAUCCAUGCUCGCAUUGGUGAAAUAUUCUACAAAUUGUACGUAAGGGAGCGGCUUACAGGGAAAAAGGUACAUAGUCAACUGUGCCAUUUGCAUGACGACAAAGCCAUCAAGCUUCUCAAGGAGCUGUGCUCAUCGAUUGCUGACGCUAAUUUGAGCUUGGCGAUUCAUUUACGGCAAAUGGAGCUACACAGUCUUUGCGCCGAUGAUUUCUUUAAAGGUACCGCCCGAAUCGUCUCCCUGCGGUUGAGUUUAUCGUACGCACUCAACGCCAAAUUCAUUUUCCAAUUGUAUGCCGACCAAGCGGAAAACAUAACCGACGACAUCAUCAAACAAAUGGAAAACUUCGAGAAAUCACUGCAAUCCAUUCUGAAGAAGGCCGUCCAGGUGUCCAUGAAAUCGUUGGCGGCGACCGUUGCGAAUUCAUUCAAAUGCAUUUACGCAUUGACUCUGCGGAAACCGGAGAAAUUGAAUGGACUACAAAUGGCCACGCAUCUGGUGCAACUAUUGGAUAAAAUGACUAUUUUACCCGACAUUGAGAAAGUGAAAUGAAAGAAGGAACAUUUUUUAACUGAAAGAAACACAAUUUAUUUGGAUAAA